ACAUUGACUUUCAACAGGAUGAAGAGUGCAACCUGCUCACUUUUCAUCAUCAUCUCCCUUCUUCAACUGAUGAUUCUAGUGAAUACUGAAGAGACCUUAGACUCCAUUAUGAAGAGGCUCAAGGAAGCUCUCAGUCGCCUAGAGCAUCCUCGCCCCACUCAGACUAAGAGUGUCUCCUGCACUACUGUCAAAGCUUCGGGGAAACUGGCUUCCUGUCCAUCUGGGAUGAUUGCUACUGGAUGUUCUUGUGGCUUUGCUUGUGGAUCAUGGAACAUACAGAACGAAAACAUUUGCCACUGCCUGUGUCCAAUCAUAGACUGGACUCUUGCCCGAUGUUGCGAUCUGAGGAAAUGAGGAAGCAGAGAAUCCAGUUUUGAAAUGACCAUAAUAGUGAAACAGUGAUCCCACCCAGGAAAUCUGACUCACUGCUCUUGUGACAAAUUCAUACUACACAGUAAUCCUGCUUCUUAAGUAAUA